AUGUUUCGGAGUAUUGUCAUCAAUAAGUCUACCACAGGUUAUUUGAGGAGAUCAGUUUGGUUUACUAUGAACAGAUGCUAUGUCUCUCAAACACAAUCUACGCAAUCAACAAUAACUGCUGUCACACCAGGUAAGCUGACAUCUGGGGUGGAGGCGGCCCCUUCUCAGGAUUCACAUUUAAGAACGCUUUCUAGGAAAGAACUUUUUUCGUUAGGAAUGAUUGGUCUGACUACAAUGACAAAAGGAUCCCUAAAUACCGCGAUUAAGUUAUUCCCUUAUGUCCCAGAUUUCGUUGUCACAUGCCUGGUCUCAUCGCUAUAUUGCGGGGGUGAUAAUAUGGCUGCUGUACGGCAGACUGGGCGUCAUUUAAGGGAACGUGGAAUUCGCAACAUGAUGUUAUCAUUGACUAUUGAAGAUACAGAGGGAACUAAGAAUAUUAAUAUCGGUGACAUUGUAAGGCAGACAAUUGCUUCCCUAAAUGAAGUUCUUGUUCCUAAUAUGGUAGAACAGUUGGAUUCCGGAGUUCAUGUGGAUAGCAUUCCACCUGGCUACCUUGCUUUGAAGCCAUCUGCUUUGGUCGCAAACCCGGUUGAAGUUUUACGUCACUUUAAUGAUCCAAAUUGGCGCAAAGAGAGGGAGCAGCUUGUAGAAAAUUGCACUGCCAUCACACAAGCUGUUUAUGAUCUCAACCAGUCCUUCUCAAAAAAAUAUCCGGGACGUAAGGCACCUUUCUUUGUUGUCACAAUAGACGCCGAAAAGUAUGAUUUACAAAAGGCGGGUGUUUAUGAUCUACAGCGCAUUUUGUUUUCCCGUUUUAAUCCAGCCUCCUCGCAUAUGGUUUCAUGUAUAGGUACAUGGCAGAUGUAUCUAUGUGAUGCCGCAUCAGAUCUUGCCAGUGAGUAUAUCCGUGCUCAGAGGGGUGGUUAUCGUUUGGGUGUAAAGCUAGUAAGGGGUGCAUACCUACACUCCGAACCCGACCGUAGUGUGAUUUUCCCCACGAAAGAGGAUACAGACAAGAACUAUAACGAAGUAGCUGUAGAGGUCAUUCGUGAUCUGUUGGCUAAGGGCCAAGAUUCCAGCUACGGGCAUUUGGUAAUUGCAUCACAUAAUUACGAAUCUCAGAAGUUGGCCACUAUGAUGCUUCUGUCCCAUGAGGGGGAGGUCGGUAAGGCUAAUGUGGUACUAGGACAGUUGUUAGGAAUGGCUGACAACGUGACUUUUGACCUUGUUCAUAAUCAUGGCGCGCGUAACAUUAUCAAGUAUGUUCCUUGGGGUCCUCCCGCAGAAACCAGGGAUUAUUUAUUGAGACGCUUACAAGAGAAUGGAGAUGCCGUUAGGGCUGACAAUGGUUGGCCUUUGGUCAAGGCUGUUGCCAAAUCAUUCUUUAAGUCAAGAUUAUAA